AUGUCUGCGGGGAAUGAGAGUUUUGUAACUGAGUUUUUCAUCAUUGGUUUUCCUGGACUUCAGCCAGAUUUCUACAACCUUGUUUCAGCUGUGUUAUUCAUUGUUUAUUGUUGCACUGUAGUGGGAAAUUCCAUUGUUCUUAUCUUGUUUGCAAUUCAUAACAUUCUUCAUAAACCUAUGUAUUUUAUAUAUUUGAAUCUGGUUGUGUCUGACCUAAUCCUCAGUACCACCACCUUACCAAAGAUAAUUGUCCGGUAUUGGUUUCAGGCAGGAUUAACUUAUUUCUUUAGCUGUUUUUUGCAAAUGUACUUAGUGCACUAUUGUGCAACUGUAACUAGCUUUAUUCUGUUAAUAAUGGCUUUGGACAGAUAUGUGGCAAUCUGUUACCCACUCAGAUAUCCAAUGAUUAUCAAAAACUCCACAGUUCACAUAUUUAAUUGCACUGCAUGGGUGCUUGCACACCCUCCCUGCAUUUCUAUUGUAAUUAAGGCAUAUCCGCUUCCUUACUGUGCCUCAAACAUAGUACUGCAUUUGUAUUGUGAUCAUAUUGCUGUGACAACCCUUGCGUGCAUUGAAUGGAUCCAAUAUAGUUUGCCUUUUUUUGUCUUUGCCAUGGUGAUAUUUCUUGUACCUCUUGCCUUCAUAGUAUUCUCUUACUGUUCAAUUAUCGUUGCAGUUCUUAAGAUUGCGACUACCCAAGGGCGCUUCAAAACCCUUUCUACCUGCAGUGGGCAGCUGAUCAUCAUUGCCCUCUAUUAUAUACCAAGAUGUGUAAUUUACCUGCUCAUCAAUAUAGGUAUUACAUUCAACACUGAUGUACAUAUCAGUAUUACAAUGUUGUAUAGCCUGGUCCCUCCUAUGAUCAAUCCUUUAAUAUACUGUCUAAGAACUAAGGAAAUAAAACAAAUAUUGAUUAAGCAAUUCAAAAGAAAACAAGUGCAUGUUUAA